AACCUUUUAGCCUGGCCAAUACAGAACAUGUACGGUGUAGUCCGGAGAAUAUCCCGCUGUAAAAUCCAGCAUGCCUGGCAGAAUCGACUCACUUCUGCAGGUGUGACCAAUACAUCCUCAUAUUGUACAGCGAAAGGAAGUGAUCAGGGUAACGUGAUUUUGAUGGGGAGUCCUGGGUCCGGUAAAACCACGGUUGGUCGCCUGCUUGGACCUAAGCUAGGUAUGGACGUAUUGGACAUCGAUGAUCAUCAUCUCGAACCAUAUUGGGGCAUGACCGUAGCUGAAAAGUUGGAGGAAGUUGGAUCGGAUUCAUUUAUCGAAGAGGAAGGAAAGUCACUGUUGAAGUUCAAUGAGCGUGGUAAAGUUAUUUCUCUCACAGGUUCGAACCCGAUGUAUAAACCAGCCAUGGAGCACAUAGCAAGAACCGGAACAGUAAUCUUCUUAGAUACUCCCUCACACGAUAUUGUUAGACGGUUAGAGGAAAUGAAGGUGAACCGUAUCGUCGGCCAAACUGAAGGGAUGUCAAUGGAAACAUUACUUAAAUACCGUCAACAAUUUUACGAAGGGUCAUACGACGUCCGUGUAAUAGUUGAGGAAAACGAAACGCCUGAUUCCAUAACAAAUAAAGUAUUUUUGGCUUUAAGUAGGUUAAAAAUGAAACCAGGAUAUGUCUCUACCCGACAGAGUGAACAAAAUGGAAACCGGUCGUCCUUCUCAGACAUAAUUCUGAAAGGACUCGCACCUGAUGGCGGGUUGUUUGUACCAGCUUCCGGUCUGCCUGCUAUAUCUACAGGAGAAAUGAAACGAAUGAUUGAAUGUAAAUAUCACGUGCGGGCCCUCCGUAUUCUCGAGAAGUGUAUCCAACCUUCCGAUCUUCACCCGUCAAUAUUAUCGAGGUUUCUGUCAACUGCUUAUAGUUCUGACAACUUUGGAUGCAGCAAGAUGUUUCCAGUACGACAUCUACACGAUAACCAGUAUCUUCUAGAAUUGUUCCACGGACCCACGGCCUCCUUCAAGGAUGCAGCCCUUCAGUUGAUGCCACAGCUCUUUGUUGAAGCUUUGAGGGCUUCGGAAACAACAUCAAAGUACGUCAUCAUCGUAGCCACUUCCGGUGACACAGGUGGGGCAGUUCUUGAUGGAUUUACCCGGCAUGCAGGUGGCGCUGAUGUCGGCGUUCUGGUGUUAUACCCGGAUGAUGGAAUCAGUGAUGUACAGAAGCACCAGAUGACGGCAAUGGCGGGAAGGAACAUCCAAGUCACAGGUGUUCGAGGGGACUUCGAUGCGUGCCAGUCUUUUGUCAAGCGUGCCUUUAAGGAUCAUGCUCUACAAAAGGAUUUGAUAGACAUCAACUGUAAGCUAAGUGCUGCUAACUCUAUCAGCUGGGGACGUCUCUUACCACAAAUAGUGUACCACAUAUCCUCAUAUCUCGAUCUUGUCCAGAGUGGGGUUAUCAAACUCGGAAAUGAGGUUGAUCUCUGUAUACCCACGGGAAACUUCGGAAAUAUCCUGGCUGCGUAUUAUUCAAAGCAAAUGGGAGUGCCUUACCGACGAUUGAUAUGUGCCUCUAAUGCUAACAAUAUAUUGACAGAUUUUAUAAAAACCGGAACUUAUGAUCUUCGGGACCGGAAGUUACACAAAACCACGUCCCCUGCAAUAGAUAUCCUGGUCUCUUCUAAUCUCGAACGCUAUUUAUACCAUCUAUCAGACGGAUCUGGCGAAUUCAUUUCCGAUUGUUUUAAUCGAUUGGAGGCGUCUAAAUAUUUUUCUAUACCAGACAAGAUGUUGUCAGCUAUGAACGAACUAUUUGUUGCGGACUGGUGUGAUGAAGAGGAAGUGAAAAGGACAAUUAAAUCUUGCCUCAAUAAAACAGGUUAUCUUUUAGAUACCCAUACUGCUGUCGCUAAAGCUGUUGGCGACCGUUUUAACACCAAAGAUUGUCCAAUGAUCAUAGCAUCCACAGCACAUUAUUCAAAAUUUGGGCCGGAUGUAGCUAGAUUCCUCGGACUGGAUAUUCCUAACGAACAGCUGAACAUCAUGUUUGAGAAACUUCAGGGAAUGUGUGCUAGUCCCGUGAUGCAUCUUCCUCUUCAGGAAUCCAUCAGAUGUCCACAACUCCACACAAAGGUUCUGAAUUCUACAUAUUCUGAAGUACGGAAGGAGAUUUGCAAUUUUGCACGCUCGCUGUAACAUCAGGGCUAGUAUAUAAACGAUAAUGUAAUCAGAUUGUCUUUUAAUAUUAGCAUAUUGCUUAUCUCUUAUAGUAGAAUACAUUAUUUUUUAAUAUCCAAGAUCAAAGCUGUCUUCAAUAUAAGAAACAUGGUUACUUCCGCAAACUGGCCGUCACUAAUGGACAGCAUAGUGCAUUCCAACAGAUUACAAAGACUGCGGUGUUUGGGGCCUUGGCAAUGAGAGGAGAUAACACGUGUCUUCUGAUCUUUUCACAGACAUUUUAUUAACAACUUUUUAAUCUCCUUCCUGGAGAGUUCAACAAAGUAGAGUUAAUUCUCCUGUACUGUGACUGUCUCAUUUCGUGGUUCUCAAUUAUAUAUGUAACGUAUUUAUGACAAGGCGUGAAGAUUGGAAUUAUAUCACUGAGACAGGUUUGACCCAAACAAAAACUUCCUUAGUUUCUUAGGAACGUCACCAGCGAUUUAUGUUUAAUGGGAAUGGUAUUAUUUCUAUAACUGACAUCGUUAAGUAUGAAAACGUGUCUGUGAUGACAAGAAACGACAGCUUACCUCCAAAUUUGCAAGUUAUGAAUGCAUUAAGAAGUUAUAGGAUACUGAAGCUACAUCAUGAAUACGAUUUCAUGUUCAACAGAAAUCCAAAAUCAAUGGAAACGAACAUGGACAUACUGGUUGCCACGCUUUCACUUUGAAGUUAAAGCUAAGAAGUCAUCCCGAUGCAAGUUUAUAGCACUAGUGUGGCCGCCUAUUGCCAGGGAAACAAAAUGACUUGUACAGGCUCGUGCCGUUUCCACAGAAACAAAUCGUGUUUCUAGAAACCCCAUUUAGCAGUAACCGAGACGUCUCCUACAUCUGAGGAUGAAUUUAUACAGAUGUUAAAAGUGUUUUUUUUUCAAUUAAAAAUAAAUCAUAAUUUGUUCUUUAGUUUCAAAUUUUCCAAGUUGGUGACACUUCAUCAAUAGGUAUUGUCACAUCGACGAAUAUCAGUGAAAGAGCGGUGUGUCAUCAAAAAUGUGCAUUUACAAUAACCAACUUGCAUGAGUGAACUUCUGUAUUCGACACAGACAUUCAGAUUUUACGUGUUUCGUCGGCGACAACAAAAAUAUGUGGAAUAAUGCGACACGAUUUUUACUAAAUUGAAAACUAGUUUUGAACAUGACUUUUAUUAUCAGUUAUUUUGUUACUGGCAGCUGAUUAUAAAUUAUUGAACUUGGUGUAAACUAUCCUAUGUAUAACAUUAUCUACUACCAUUAUACAACUAUACCAUAGACGGGUGUGUGAUUUCCUCCAAUCUGUGAUAUGCCUCGUAACGUUUGAUACCGUGUAUGUAAAUGGAACAAUAAAACUCUGCCAAAAAAGAUAUGUUUGCAGAAAUUGAAUUAUCCACUGGUUCGAAGUUGACACCCAUGCCCUAAUAAUUAGUUAUUGACCAUUCAGUUUCAUUUUCAUUAUUUAUAGACCCCAUGAAAUUUUAAACAAAACAAUAUGAUUUGUGUACGCAGUUUAUAAAUCUAUUUCUUCUAUUUAUAUGAGGAACAAUAAUUGCAUCCAUUACUAUGUUGACAGAAAUAUUAUCAACUUUUUAGUCCACCAUCAUCAGAAGGUAGGCUAUUCAAAUCGGUCUGCGUCCGUGGUCCGUAAACAAUUUUUGUUAUCGCUAUUUCUGGAGUACUCGUUGGAUCUUUCUCAAACUGAAUAUGUAGGUUACCCUUGGUAUCUAGUUGUGCCUGUCUGAUUUUGGGAAUGGUCAGAAAUACAAAAUUUUACAUAUAGGUUCCGUUGGUCCCUAAUUGUGCCCAUCUAAUUUUAGGAUUGGUCAGAAAUACAAAAAUACAGGUGGCCAUCUUGGAUUUUGACUGUGAAAUUUUGUUAUCGCUAUUUCUUGAGAAUUACUGGAUGGAUCUUUCUUUAAUUUCAUAUACAGGUUCCCUUCAGUUCCUAGUUGUGCCCAUUCGAUAAAUGGCUUUUAGGUGGCCAUUUUAGAUUUGGCAGGUAAAGAUUGUUAUUGCUAUUUCUUAAAAGAUACUGAUCGGAUGCUAUUGUGUUCCGUGGGAGAUUAUGUUUGCACAGCAACACUUUUUCAAAGUUUCAUUCAUUCACACUUUUUGUCUUACAGUUCUCACUCACGGAAUGAGCAUUAACUGAGAACUAAACUACUUCCCCUUUGACCAUGACUGUCAUCAUUUCAUCACUCAUCGUCAUACCAUUACAAUGCAUAUUCAUUAAUGGAAAGAAACAAAUAUUUACCAUUGUUUAGUAUUGGUUGGUACCGAAGUUUAUUCCAUGCUCAGGCCAGGUGGGAAUUGAAAAUUAAAAUUAUAAGCAUUAAACUGCAUUUGGAUGGCAUUCAUGGGCAUUAUGAAUGCUAAUUGGAUAAUGGCAAAUUCUGCAUGAAACACUGGUGUGCUUCAUCAGUUUGUCCUUAUCUUUGUUGCCAUUCAUAUGACAAAGAAUGCCAAGUGAAAGCAGUUCAAUGCUUAAAAGGCACUACAAAAAUUUAUUUAGGUAACAAAUUAAGGUUAACCCAAAAGUCAGAUAAAAUGUCUGUAAUCUGCAUAAUCAUAAUAGAAUCAGUUUUGCUUCAUCAUUCUACCAAUCUCCUUCCUUCUGACCGGCAGAUGAAAUACACAUUAAUAAAAAAUGGUUGCCUCAUCACAUUCAUUGUGAGAGUAGACUUUAUACACUGCACAAAUAAACCUCAAUUGUUAGUUCACCUUGUCCAAAUUUGGUCACAAGCAUUUUGGGGAAAAUUUUGUAUAUAGGUGAAUCGGUACUAAUAAAUUUAGAUUUGUAUGAACCAUGUGGACAGACAAGAGGAACCAAUUUGGGAUAUAAAGGAAUGCCAUUAAAGCACUUCUGAUAGAAUGGAAGCAUCCUUUAAUAAGAGGAAUCAAUUGGAGAAAUUCAAGCAAAUUCUUCUGUAGGAAUGACAUCAUCUUGUCAAUUUGGUCAAAGUAUGAGACCAUUUUCGGCUAAUGGGGAUUCAAUUGAAGGGGCAGGCCCAGUAAGGGGAAAUAUAGGAUAAACAUGAAAAUCCUUCUUCAAUCAAUGGGAACCAUUGUCACAUAACUAAUAGGAAAUUGACGUAAAUCAUCUGUAGAUAUGAAGGAAUUUUGACAAGGGACCCAAUUCAGUUAAAACAAGGGUCUGACCCCCUUGGAAAGUGCAGAGGGGACAAGUAGUAGAAAUGGAAGUAAACCAUUAAAAUACAUCAGUGUAAUUAGAAGAAAGCCAAAUCUAGUGAGACAUUUUAACCCACUGUCAUUCAUACAAAAACAAUUUGUGUUAUUUGUGAAGUACAACAUGGAUUGUUCUUAUAUUUUAAAUGCAGAUUUCCCUUGUUUCCCUUUUUUGCAUGUUUGAUUUUGGGACUGGCAGUGGCCAUCUUGGAUUUCGACAACUGCGAUGUAACACAUUUUCUUGAAAAGUACUGGAUGUAUGUUUGAUCUGCUGCCUUUCAGCCAAAUUAGAUUUGAAUAGUAAAGUUCUCCCAGUUUUUAGGGAAGCAUAUAAUUAAUCUUUUCCCAAAUGAAAGUCCCUUUUGUGUAUGUUCAAUUUGGAUACUGAUCAGGAAUGAAGAACGCUUGACAGAUGGCCAUCUUGAAUCUUAACAAGUAAACUUUCUUAUUGCUAUAUUUUGCAAAGUCCUUGUUCUCAAAUUUCAUGUGUAUGUUCUUGGUUGUCAGUUAUGCAUGAUCCAUGCUAAGACUGACUUAAAGGUCAUUUUAGAAAAAUACACUGGAAAGUAUCAUCACAGGACCAUUCCUGACAAAUUUCAAUUAUUCAUUUUUAAAGUUUAAAGUAAGUGCAUGGUGCUUGGCACAUGAAGGGCUAAAGGAGCAGCAUAAUGGCUACUGGUCACCCUGACACUUCAGCUCAGGUGACUUUUUUAAAGCAAUAAACAGUAAACUGGCUUUACAGAAUAAUUCAACAUUUAACAAAGUUAGAAACUCAACAUUUUAAUCUUUUUUAU